CACUGCUUGGAAAUCAGUCGCCUGCCUUUGCCCAAGCGGAGAGAAUCUCGAAUCGCUCGAAUCGACCUGUCGAGGAUUUUGGCUUCUGGUUCUGUUUUUUGGCUCUGUUCUGGGCGCUGAGCAGCCAAAAUCGCCGAGCAGAGCGCAGAAAUCGAAUGGGAAAAAGCGCUGCCAUAUAGCGGGGGCCCCCAGAACGCAGGAAUAUAAUGAAAUAUGGCCGAGGGCGAGAUGUGAUGUGAUGUGAAAAUGUGAAAAUGCCAGUCCAUCGAGUGACCACGAAAAUUGCACUUUCCCCUUAAAUUCGUAUUCGCACUGAAAACCCCCAAAAAAAAAGAUCUAAACCAAAAACCGAAAAAAAUCAAAGCAAAACAAUUUCGGUUCGAAAAAAAAGUAAAAUAUACACAAAUAUACACAUUUCGAAUCCAAUUCUAGUGGCAAAAAUUCAUAGCUAGAUUAAGGCAAAUGGUCAAAACAAAGGAACAAAAAAGCAGCAGCUGACUUGUGAUAAGUGCAACGACCAACGACCAAAUCGCAGUCGCUUCGGGUUACAAGUGCAAUUAGCUGCUACAUGUUGCAGCUGUUGCAGCAACAUCAGCGCACAUCAAAGGGGUAAAAUCACGCAUACGCCCCAUGCGCCCCAAUCGCCCCACGGGCCAAACAAUGCGCUCCACUUAGCCAAGUUGCGUGUCAAUGUGGUGGUGCCACCACUGUAUAUAUGUACCAUACCAUACAUAUAAAGUAUAUAUCAGUGUAAUGACUAGCCCAAGAAAUAAAUAAAGUCCACGGAACACGGAGAAACAACAACAACUGCGUCGGGGGCAGCUCCAGCUGCUCAUAAAAUUUCGUAACGAAACGUAACGCUUGGGAAAUGUGCCCCUUGGUGCACGGGGCUUUUUUCAAUGGAUUUGCUAGAUUUUCGCCCCGAAAAUCCUACACAUAGGAAUAUGUAAAUGCCGUAGGCGCCACCACCUAGCUAAAAAAAAGGCUAGCUCACCCACGAAAUCAGGAACCAGGAUAAGGAUAACCACUAUACUAUACCAUUCUAUACGAAACUAAACUGCUCUAAAGGUUAUCUGAAAAAUCGAAAAGAAUUUCUGGAAUUUCUGGGCCAUGUAAAAUCGCUGAGAAGAAAAAGAAAACAUAAAAUAAAGUAAAAUAAAACAAAACGAAAACUAAGUGAGAGAGAGAGAAGAGCGCCCGGAGAGAGAGAGAGAGUGGGAACUUUCGAUAAAAAAUUAUUAGCAAAAACAUAAAUACGUAACGGCCUCGUUCUCCCGUGCCUUCAUUUUCCAACCACCCCCACUCCCCCCCAAAAGGAAAUCGCAGAGAAAGAGAAAGAGAAGCCGAAUCGAAUCGAAGAAAGGAACAGAAGAGAGCACCGGAGCGAGCGGGUGAGUGGGUAGGUCAGUGGCAGUGGGCGGUCCGCCAGCUGUGGCAGCACCACCGCCCCAUCACCACCCAUCACCACCCCACACCCAGAACCACCUCUCCACCUCUCCACCUCCUUCUCCAUCAGCGCCGCCCGCGUCAACCUCAACUUUCAAAGGGCAGGUAGCGGCAUGUCCUGCACCGUUUCGGAGCUGCCCAGUGGCUGUCGAUUGCGCGGCAUGACUGCAUCCUCACAGCAAAGUGCCGCCAACAAUAGUGGCAACAAUGGGAAUGGCAAUGGCAACGGGAAUGGCAAUGGGAACGGGGGAGGCGGCAGCGUUGGGGGCGUCGGCGGAGGGGGCGGCAACAGCCUGGGCGGAGUAUCGCCCACCGUGGGCGGCAGCGUGGGAGUCGGCUCCACGUCCAACGUGCUGCAGGAGUCCAAUGUGGCCACGUUGCAGCGACCGCAGUCGCAGAAGCCGUGCUGCUUCUGCUGGUGCUGCUGCUGCUCCUGCUCCUGGGCCAAAUGUCUGGCCAUCAAGAAUGCCGAUGAAAAUGCCCCCACGAAGCGAGAUCUUGUAAAUGCCGAAUUUCUGGAUGGCGAACAACCCACACUGGAGGAAAUCCGCAGCUGGGGCAAGAGCUUUGAUAAGCUGAUGAAGAGCUCAUCUGGUCGAAAGGUGUUCCAGAACUUCCUGCGCAGCGAAUUCAGCGAGGAGAACAUCCUGUUCUGGCUGGCCUGCGAGGACCUCAAGAAGGAGAGCAGCCCCGAGCUGGUGGAGGAGAAGGCGCGCCUCAUCUAUGAGGACUACAUCUCGAUCCUGUCGCCCAGGGAGGUGUCGCUGGACUCGCGGGUCCGCGAGAUUGUCAACCGCAACAUGAUCGAGCCCACGACGCACACCUUCGACGAAGCUCAAAUCCAGAUCUACACACUGAUGCACAGAGACUCAUAUCCGAGAUUCCUAAACUCGCAAAAGUUCAAGACACUCGCUCAACUGCAAGACAACUCGAAUGCCGGUUCCAAGGCGGAUAGUCCCACUUAGAGAGGAUCGAUCGCUUGGAUCCCCCGGAUCGGAUCGGAUCGGAUUUGGAUCGUAUUCAGUUGCGCUGUGUUGACUUCCGUUGUUGCUCUCCAUUGGUAUUUCUCUGGUACUUUCCGCCCCCGCCGCUGCUGCAAUUGACUAAGCAAUAUGUAACCAUUAGUAGAACCAUUUAAACGUUUUGCCCGCAGCCCCAAAAAAUCCGGAUCCUUGGAGGGGCGGGGGCGCCAGACGAUAUGCAUUCUACGUGAAACGGAUUCCUUCUCUCUACCUACGUUCUAGUCGUUAACUAACCAAAGAGUUAAGCACUACAUAAAUUGUUUACACUAAGGAGCUGGUUCGACCACAGAAAGCAUUUUCCAAACCAAACAAAAAUAGCCAGACAGCUAAUACGAAACGAGCGACACAAAUAGCAUAUAUUGUAAUACUAGUGAUCUAAGAGACGUAUUAAUCAAAUCGCAACAAAGAUUACGGAACCCGCUAACCGAUAAGUAAAUUUAAACGUAAUCAUAAACCGCUACGUAACAGAAAUACUUUUUCCAAGAAAUAACAACAAAAAAAAAAGAAGAAACAAAACAAAAAAUCUUUUUAAACGUAUUACAUACAUAACUUUAUAAAAUUAUAUAUACACACCAGCAUAUAUAUAUAUAUACGGAUAUAUAGAGACAUUUAACUUGACUAGUUUUGAAAUCGUUUUAGGUCAUACGAGUAAUGACAUCGAAGCAUUUUGUAAAUACAACAGCAGACGGCAACACUUUCUACUUUCUUAUGAAAACCCAAUGAGGAUCGAGUCCUUUCUUAAGCAAAUCUUAUAAAGCCCAUCUUGAGCUGUACUUUGAGCCAGACCAGACCAGACCACAACAGACCAUAUGCCCUAUAAAGUCUUAUCCGAAACAGAAAUCGAAACCUCAACCGGAACCGGAAAAACCGCAUAACUAACAUGUACUAUAUUAUUUCGAUGUCGAGCUGAUUUCCAAGUCGAAAGAAGAACGUUUCGCAAUAUCACUGCCAACAAAAAAAUCAGAACUUCGCCAGAGAUAUAUCCUCUUAUAAUGUAUUAUGCAAUUGUUUUUCUAAAGAAUCGGAAGUUCCAAGAGUUUCCCCAACAUUAAACCCUUUCUGCAUUAAACGAUAUAUAUGGAAAAACAGUAUUAUAAAUAACAAAAAAAAGAAGUGAAACAAAAAAGUAUGGUUACAUUUAAAUUUUAGCAAGAAAGUUGUCGAAUUGAAAACUAAAAACAUACAACCAAAAAAAAUAAAUAAAAAAAUAAAACAAAGAGUUUAUAAGUAUUAAAACACAGAACAAGCAGGAGGACUUUCGGUUCGAGCCCUGGCAAAAAGUUAACAAUGUAAUUUCGAUCUUAAGUUGGUUUCCUUUAACCUUAGGUUGUCCGUGUUCGAGGCACAAUAUUUUUAAAGUACAAGAUUCAUGUGUGUACCUUUGUUGCGGGGAGCAGGGAAUGUAUUUUCGUAGCUAGUUGGUGUGCCUAGUUUUAAUGCAUCUAUCGAUACCAAUCCACACCCAUCACAUCACUCUUACUUGAACAAAAACAGAAACAGAAACGCAGACACGAACAUUAACUUUACUAGCAUUUAAGCAUCUUCCAGUUCUCCUUGAAGUAAAUAUAUCUUAAAUUUCAGUCCUCUAUCCAGUUUUUGUUUAAAACCCUUUUGAUCAGGGUUAAACCAAAAAUCUAUGAUCCCUUUAAAUCAAAGUAGAAAGAAAAGUAUAGAGAGAUUUUUGGUAACCCCCUCUACAUAAGUUCCUAUAUUUUUAUAACAGUUCUCACCCGUUUCAAGAUCCUAUUUCCGAAUAACUCCGCCACAAGCUUCCGCUCUAGUCCUUAAAAACACGACUUUUACGCGUCACUCAGGCUGCUACUUGGAAUUGAGAAUUCGACAACCGCUUUUGCAUUAUAAACAGAGGUCGACAGAUCGGAACCCCGAAGAAAACCAACGUCAGUUUCCAUGGUUUGUUAAAUUAAUUUUAGGCAAUCAGGUUAGACACAAUGUCCUGGCUAAAGGGACGCGCGGAGGGAGGGAAUGUUUGUUUGUGAAUGUUUCUCUUCGGUUUCUUACUUUGCAGAACGGACAGAUGAUAUAAGACUUUUUGAAAAAAACAAAAACACAAAAUAUAUAAGUACAUUUAAUACGAUUGUUGUUUGUUUAGUUUUAUACACCGCCACACUCGCACACACAAAA